AUGAUAAACUUAAUAGUGCUUGUUCUUGUUUUAACCACUUGCAAUACAUUUGGUUUGAAAACCUUGCAAGUCAAAAACCUUGCCAUAUCAAAAUGUAGUCAAAAUAACUACCCCAUAGAGGUAGUAAAUCUUAAUAUAGUCCUAGAAAAUUCCAAAGCAAAGGUUUCUGGAACUUUGUACUCAUCUUUGGAUUUAAUAAGUCCCAUAUCAGCAGAAGUACAUGUAAAAAGGCGCGUACUAGGUAUGUGGAUACCUUUACCAUGUGUAGACUUAAUGGGGUCCUGCAACUACCUUGAUUUGUGUAAAUAUGGUGUGCCGCAAGAAAAAGAAUGUGACAGAACAUUCAAAGAAAAUAAAGUACCCUGUAGAUGCCCUAUAGGCAAGGGAAACUAUACUAUAAAUCCCACCAUAGACUUAAAACCAACAAAGUCAAUAGUGAAUAAUGUGGAGACUGGAAGGUAUAAAGGGAGUGCCACAGUAAAAAUCAACAAGGAUUUACUAGCCUGUUACAAUUUUAAUUUUGAGUUAUUUGAGGAGAAAAUCACAGACCCAUCAGUAAAUAUUGUAUAA